AUGCACAUGCGCGCCAUAGAGAACUACAGCAGUACGCUGGAUGACAGCCGGAGUCGGGCCGACGUGCUCGAGGCUGAGAUCGCUAAUAUCGACGAUGACAUCACUGAGCUGAAGGACAAGGCGACAGCGGUGACCUACAAAGUGGGUUCCCUGGGCAACAGCACCAUUAAAACACACCAGAGAGCGGAAGACCUGCUGUCCUUUAUCAACAACAUAACCAUGGAUAUAAACGAAAUCUUGAUGAUGGCGAACCGCUCCUUGCUGAAUAACACCGAGGCGUACCAGGACGACACUGAGAGGGAGAGGAAGAUGAGGGAGGUGCAGGCCAUGAUGAGGGAGAUGAGGUUCAGGAGCUGCGCGGGGCAGAAGAAGAUAGCUGACAGGGAGAAGACCGAGGCGCAGAAAUUGCUGGAUCGUGUUAACAAGGAGUUGGCCAAUCGUCAGGGAAAAAACAGCGACAUGGCCAAGACUAUCAAAGACCGCCUGGCACGCUUCCACUCGGAGAUGAUGGAUCUGCGAGACGCCCUGAACGAAGCCGUAAACAACACGGCCAGGGCCGCGGAGAUCAACAACAACAAUGAGAAAUCGCUGGAGGACAACCAGAGGAGGGUAGAUGACCUGGUGAUGAAGCAGAAGGAGGUGGAGGAUCAUUUGCAGAUGGCUGAAGAUGACGUAGCGCAUGUCAACGAUGUGCUGUCCAUGCUGCACGACUCCAAAGAGGAGUACGAGCGCUUGGCGGCUCAGCUGGACGGCGCGCGGACACCUCUGGCAACUAAAGUGCAGAACUUUGCUUCGGCCGAAUCCAAAAUUCCUCUGGUGGAAGAAGCAGAGAAACACGCGGAGCUGCUGAACACUUUAGCCAUGAACCUGACCGAUUUGGUUGCAGAAAGCAAGAAGGGGGGAUUUGUGGAUGUGACACAUGCCUACAACAAGAUCAUCAACAGCAUCAAGGACGCAGAGGAGGCCGCCAAGAUGGCUGAAAAGGCUGCAAACGACACUAUGGAGAACAUAAAGAACCAGGAUCUCAGUCAGAUCGCAGAUUCUCUGAGGAACCACAGCGUGGAGCUGAAGGACGAAGUGGAGAAGCUGGGCGAUGAACUCAACAACGAACUGAAGCCGCAGCUGGUAGACGCUGAGAGGCGACUGAAGGAGGCCAAAACCAAACAGCUCGACGUGAUGAAAGACCUGGAGCUGGUUCAGAAAAACCUCAACUUCGCCUCAAACGUGAGUCAGGAGAUCAGCGAGGCGAAGCAAGCGGCUGAUUUAGCGAACACCACGGCCACACAGAUCAACGAUGCCCUGCGUCCCAUUAAAGAGAAGCUGGACCAAUGGCAGCAGACGUACGGGGACGCCAACGCCACCAACGAAGACAUCAACAACGCUCUGAUGGAGGCCAACAAAACCGUGCACACGCUGGGUGAUACUAUUCCUCUGCUCAUGAAGAAGUUGGACAAACUGCAGAACCACUCGGCGCAGAUGCCAAACAUCUCGGAGAACAUCAGCCGCAUCCGGCAGCUCAUCCAGCAGGCGCGCAACGCUGCCAGCAAGGUUGGCGUGCCGGUGAAGUUUAACGGGGGGGCGGGUGUUCAGGUCCGAACGCCACACAACCUGGCCGACCUCGCCGCCUACACCUCCCUGAAGUUCUACAUCACUCUGCCGGAGGCGGCCCGCACCCGUCGCCAGGACAACAGCGACAAACAGUUCAUCUUCUACCUCGGCAACAAGGAUUCCAGUAAGGAGUUCCUGGGCAUGGCGUUGGUGGGGAAGAGACUGCUCUGGUACUUCAACAUUGGAGGAGAAACUGCUGAGGUGCUGAUGCCUGAAGAAGUCAAAUCUAAUGGGGACUUCAACAGCAUCGUGCUGGAGAGGGUCCUGCAGUACGGUCAGAUGUCGAUGUCUUCAGAAGCGGAGGGAGACCCUCUGGUCACUAAAGCCUACAAGGAGGCGAGGGGGGAUCAGGGUCUGCUCAACCUCCUCACCGACAACACUGUGUUCUACGUGGGAGGGUACCCCAAAUCCUUCAAGCCCCCCGCUGAGCUCGCUCUGCCGAACUUUAAAGGUUGCAUCGAGCUAGAUACGCUCAACGAGGAAGUGCUGAGUCUGUAUAACUUUGAAAACGUCUUCAAACUCAACACCACCGAUGAGAAACCCUGUGGCAGGCUGAAGCCGGUGCUGACUCAGCCCUGGGUGAAUGACGCGGCGUAUUUCGACGGUACCGGCUAUGCUGAGAUCACCUUUUCUGAAGAAGCGUCUCGCAUUCAGCGUUUCGACCAGGAAGUGAAGCUGAUCUCACACAACGGCAUUCUGCUCCUGCUGCAGAAGGAGGAUCAGUUCCUGUGUCUGGCGGUGCUUAAGGGCAUCCUGAGAGUUUUCUACGACUUCACUGGUGUUCUGGUGGAGCUCCAGCCUAAAGACCCUUCAUCUGAUUUCAUGAAGAUCAGUGACGGCGACACCAAAGCUCUGGAGAUCAUCAUCAUGCGCCCGACCCGUGUCGUGGUGAGGAACACCCGGAACGUCCUCUACAACCAAGAGUUCACAGAGAGCAUCCCCCCCUUCACCGGCAUCUUCUACCUCGGAGGAGUCCCGGAGAACAAGAUGCCACUGAAGUUGAAGUCCAUGUUCUCUAAGCAGGGCUCUCUGAAGGGCUGCUUCAGGAACGUCAGGUCCCCCGGAGGCGCCCACGUCGACCUGAAGAGGAUGAAGAGCUCCGGAGUCAGCUUCGGCUGCAACAGCGACCUGCUGGUGGCUCGUGAGGCUCAUUUCUCCGGGCAGAGCUACCUGGACUUGGCUCUGACAAACAUCCCCAGCCUCAGGGACAACUUCUACGCCAGCUUCAGCUUCAGGACGGAUCAGAAGGAGGGACUCAUGUUCUACCACCACGAUAAGGUUGGAGUGUGUCAGGUGUUUCUGCACGAGGGCCACGUCGUCGUGAGAGCUGGAAACAGUGAGAUAAAGACGCUGAAGACGUACAACGAUGACAACAGCCACUACAUCUCUGUCUACAACAACAACAAAGGGAUGCGUCUGUACAUGGACGAUUCCAUCGAGAAAGCGAAGGAGAACCGGAUGGAGAGAAGAGCGGGGGUGGUGACGUCCACAGAGGGAACAACCUUCCUCGGAGGAACGCCCAACCAAAGCCUCACCAACCUCACCGGAUGCAUCAGCAACGUUUUCAUCAAGAGGGACACCGAUACUCAGAUGGUUUUGAACCUGUUUAAAGUGAAAGAAAAUGUCAACGUUCCUAUGGACUGUCCCGCUGCCAAAAAACCUCAGCAGAUCGUCUCCUCUCCGCCCAAACAGAGCAACAAACCCAAGGGGAAGCGCAGAGAGGAGGGUGAGUAG